ACUUCCCCGGGGAAGAAAGCGAAGGCGCGCUCGGCCGCUCGGCGCUCUUCUGCUCGGGUCUGGCGGGACCCGCGGCAGCGGCGGGAAGGGUCGCGGGCUGGCGGGCCGGGCGGCCGGCGGCAUGGAGGGGCCGCAGGCCGCCGCCGGCGGGGACGUCUCCCUGCACAACUUCAGCGCGAGGCUGUGGGAGCAGCUGGUGCACUUCCACGUCAUGCGGCUGACGGACUCGCUCUUCCUGUGGGUGGGGGCCACGCCGCACCUGCGCAACCUGGCCGUGGCCAUGUGCAGCCGCUACGACUCCAUCCCUGUGUCCACCUCUCUCCUCGGAGACACUUCGGACACGACCUCCACUGGCCUUGCCCAGCGCUUAGCCCGGAAGACCAACAAGCAGGUGUUUGUCAGCUAUAACCUACAAAAUACAGACAAUAACUUCGCAUUACUUGUAGAAAACAGGAUCAAGGAAGAAAUGGAGGCUUUUCCGGAAAAGUUCUAGCUGAGGCGGAAACUGUGGUCCAAAAGGCUGUCAUUGAUCAAACCUGGGAAGAAGAAAAGCAAAAUGGGCAGUAGUUGCCUUGUGACUGCUCAAUGAUGGAGAAAAGGGGUUCAGAUGGGAUUUUGUUGUGAAGGGGGCUAAAAAGACUGAAGGGUUAAAUUCGUUGUGACUCUGUUGUGUCCAUUCCCAGUUAAAAUGGGAGAUGAUAAGCCUUCCCUGGCACGUCUCUCUGCUGUGCUCACCCUCGGACCUGGGUCGGAGCCCCGCUCCGCACGGCUCACUAGACUUGUGGUCUUGGUGAAGUCUCUCACUUCUCUGGGCCCUGUUUCCUCACCUACAGAAUGGGAAUGAUCUUCAUUCUGCUGGGUUAGUGCCAGGAUUAACUGCACAGAAAUACUUUGCAAACUAUAAGUGCAAUGGCAAUGAAGAGUCAGUUAUGGCUUUAUCUACAUGUGGAUCCAAAUGCUUGCCCUCCUGUUCCCAUUGUCUUUUCCUUCUCCUUCUCUCUCUCUUUUCCCCCCCAAGUCCCAAGUACCUGUUUUGGUCAUCUUUAAUCCUUAGCCUUUUUCUGCCUACCACUUGAAGUAGAUUCUAAUCUUUUUAGUACUGAAAGGAGUUUUUAGGGGUAAAAUAGGCAAGUGUAGGGAGUUUUAGGAAUUAGGGGGUCCAUGCGGGAGGAAGACAUAGUUGGUUGUGGACUUGGAGCUGCCAAAAGGCAUAUAUUCACAGAGAAUAAAAGGUGCCACCGGAUAAGGGAGAAGACAUCCAUUCACAGAAGACAGGGAAAAGCCACAGGGUAUGGGGAGAAAGAGGAAACAGACUUCCACAGAGAUAGAGAAAUGCUGACAAAUGGGAGAAGGAACAGAUUUUCACAGGAGAUAGCGAAUUCCACCACUGAAGGGGGAGAAUUAAAGGGGGGCACCAUGUGGGUUUUGAGCUUUGAAGCUGAUAUAGUGACCAGUUGGAAGGCAGCAACAAGAAACAAAGAACUGCAGCCUUUAUAAUCCUUAGGAAGAAGGAGCUUAGUGGGCUACCCCUUGGGGCCCUCCUCCCUACGUGGGAGUUUGUACUUGUUUCCAAUAAAUUUCCACCUUUUCAUCUACCA